AUGUCUGCCGAAGAAGAAAUCAAGAAGUCUAAGAAAAGAACCUCAGAUGAUGGUUUGAAGGAAGAGAAAAAGCACAAGAAGCACAAGAAGGAUAAGAAGGAAAAGAAGGAGAAGAAAGACAAGAAGGACAAGAAGGACAAGAAGGAAAAGAAGGAAAAGAAGGACAAGAAGGACAAGAAGCAUGAUGACACCGAGGAAACUGAAACCAAGUCAAAGGAUUCUAAGAGUGUUUUCACCAGUUCUUCUUCUGAAGCUGAUAUCAAGAAAUUCCUUAAAGAUAAUGAAGUGGAAAUCAAAGACCCAUCCUCCAGCUCUCAGUUGCAACCGGUUUUGUCAUUCUCUGAAGUCAACGUUGAUUCAAGAAUCCAAAAAUGCUUUUCUGGUUUCAAGGCUCCAACUCCAAUUCAAGCUGCGUCUUGGCCAUAUCUUUUCAAUGAUAAUGACGUGAUUGGGGUUGCCGAAACUGGGUCAGGUAAAACAUUUGCAUUUGCGGUUCCAGCCAUUAACCACGUCCUCAAUACCAAAUACAAUAAAGGUAAGCCACAAAUCUUGGUUGUUUCCCCAACCAGAGAAUUGGCCAUUCAAAUCUACGACAAUUACAAGAUCCUUGCUGACGCCACAAAUACCCACUGUUGUUGUGUGUACGGUGGGGUUCCAAAAGAUCAACAACGUCAAGAUAUCAAAAUCUCCAAUACCAUCAUUGCCACUCCAGGUAGACUUAUUGACUUGCUCGAAGAAGGGUCCAUCGAUUUAUCCGAUGUCUCAUAUUUGGUUUUAGACGAAGCAGACAGAAUGUUGGAAAAAGGGUUUGAAGAAGAUAUCAAGAAAAUCUUGUCGAGUACCAAGACCGGUAAUAGACAAACCGUCAUGUUCACUGCUACUUGGCCAGAAGAAGUUCGUAAAUUGGCUAGCAGUUUCAUGAACGAACCAGUGAAGGUUACUAUUGGUAACAGAGACGAAUUGACCGCCAACAAGCGUAUUACCCAAAUUGUCGAAGUUAUUGAUCCAGAUGUCAAGGAAAGAAGAUUAUUCGAAUUGUUGAAACAAUACCACAAGAGAGAUGACCCAGAAAACAAGAUUUUGAUCUUUGCUUUGUACAAGAAAGAAGCCGCAAGAAUCGAAAGAGCUUUGGUUCGUAGAGGUUAUCAAAUCGCUUCUGUCCAUGGUGAUUUGUCUCAAAGUCAAAGAACUGUGUCUUUGAAAGAAUUCAAAGAAGGUAAGAAGAACAUUAUGUUGGCCACUGAUGUCGCUGCUAGAGGUUUGGAUAUUCCAAAUGUUAAAACCGUUAUUAACUUGACUUUCCCAUUGACUGCGGAAGAUUACGUUCACAGAAUUGGUAGAACUGGUAGAGCCGGUAAGACUGGGGUCGCCCACACAUUGUUCACUGAUCAAGAAAAACACUUGUCAGGGGCUUUGAUCAACAUCUUGAACGGUGCUAAUCAAGCUGUGCCAGAAGAAUUGUUGAAGUUUGGUAGUCACACCAAGAAGAAGGCCCAUUCUGCUUACGGUGCUUUCUUCAAGGAUGUGGAUAUGUCAAAGAAAGCCACCAAGAUCAAGUUUGAUUAA